AUGCUUGCACAUCUGAAGGACGUCCGCAACGUGCAUCCUCCACAGGAAUGGGGAGAGCACUGCCCUGACGUUCUCAAGGGGUUAAUCUCCGGGAUCACCCCCGACUGGCGUGCUCGUGGCGUGUAA